GGUUCCGGAGCCGCUACCUGGUCAAUCCUACGCGCAAGCUGUCGGCAGCCAGCCAGGUGUUACAAUGUCCGUGGGAGAAUUCUCGCUGGAAAGAAAGGAUUCCGGUACGGCCACGGCGUCUGUGAGUGCGCGCUAAACCUCGGAGCGAUCAGCACGGCGAACAGCGACGCUUCCGAAGUCCGCGUUGUGACCACGUAAGUCGCCUACCUGCGAAUAGUUCCGGGCCUAGCGAGCAGCUGGCGAAGUGACGUUCGCUAGCCAGCCAGCUCUCCCCCAUUCAAUCACCGGAGUUCUCAUUCAAUCUCUCCGCUGGGCAUGGGUGAACUACCUUCGCGGUCGAUGGUACAGGAGCGGCGCCACUCCUGACGUGGACGCUGUCCGCCAAAUGGGCGCGGACAAUGGAGCUUCGAGUGCCUCUCGUCGAUAACCGGGAAACCGCGGGCCCUUCUUACUCGAUAAUGAAGGUGCAAGACUGGGUGAUGAGUUCGGGCCGGCUGCCGACGGCCUACCGCAUCGGCAACUCGACGCUGCGCUGCCAGGUCAACUUCGUGGUCGCCGUGGCUCUGACGGGCAUCACCUGCCUGCUUCUCAUGUACGCCCUGCUUCCCUGGGGCAAGUACCACAUCCUCGAGGACCACAUUGACGGUCCCGGUCACGAGCACGGACACCAGCACAUCCUGAAGGAGUACCUGCCGUACAACGACACGUACCCGUUGACGAAGCCGAUCGUUUACGGACGCAAGGUGCGCUACAAGAUCGCCUGCAUCACCGACCUCGACACGGAGUCUAAGCUCAAGGGGACCGAGAACACUUGGGUGAGCUACCUCAAGGUCGGCUACCUGGUGGUGGACAAGACCAUGAGCGAGGUCAGCAUCGAGUGGGAGGACGGAAUGACCAUGCUCAAGGGACAAUUCGCCAUGGGAGGCCGCGGCAUGGAGCUCUCCGAGCUGGUGGUGUUCAACGGUAAACUCUACACCAUGGACGACAGGACUGGGGUGGUGUACGAGAUAAGGGACAACAGGGUGAUACCGUGGGUGAUGCUUACCGACGGCAACGGGGAAGCACCCAAGGGCUUCAAGAGCGAGUGGGCCACCGUUCGGGAAGGCGUCCUAUACGUAGGUGGCCUGGGCAAGGAGUGGACGAAUAGCAAGGGCCACGUGAUCAACCACGACCCCCAGUGGAUCAAGGUAGUGACCCCGGGGGGCCGCGUGGAGCACCGUGACUGGCGGGACAAUUACCGUAGGCUGUGCGAGUGGGCAAAGUACGGACCCCCAGGCUACAUGAUUCACGAAGCCGUCGCGUGGAGCCACCACUUCGGCGAGUGGUUCUUCUUGCCGCGCCGCGCGAGCACCACGGCCUACAACGAAGUCGAGGACGAAGAGAAGGGCACCAACCUCAUGCUGCGCACAGACCCCAAGUUUUCUCGCGUCCGCGUGACGCAGGUUGGGCCGCUAUUGCCCACCCACGGCUUCUCGUCCGUCAAGUUCGUGCCGAGCCUGACGCGCUCGGACAGGGACAGCCUCAUCCUCGCGCUCAAGUCGGAGGAGUACAAAGGAAAAACCGCGUCGUACAUUACUGUGAUUCGCGUCGAGGACGGCAAGGUGCUCUACCCCGAGACCAAGAUAGGUGACUACAAAUUCGAGGGAGUGGAGUUCGUCUGAUGAUGUGACAGAUGGCUUAUCAUUGUUGAAUGUUACAUUAAGUGUGUUCUGCAGCCUCGUUAAGCCGAUAAACAUAACCUUCGUGCAAAGCUGCUUUGAAUUUAGGCUCCUGCAUUGUAUUGGUGUUAUUGCUUCUUCCCCACUUAUUACUGCGGUAAAAUAUCCUCACCUCCUCAUAGUUGCUUUUGACGAUGAUACCACUUGUCGAAAAGAAACAGAUUAUUUUUCGACCCUAAAAAUUACUGUUCACUCACUGAAAUCGCAUUACUGGUCAUGUGGAUCAUCAGUUGCUAUGGCAUAUCACUCUGACUACGUGAAAAAAAAAAAAAAAAAAAAAAAACUUUCACUUCUUUGUUCUUCAAUACCAAAAUUUUCUUGCUCAAUACAUGUCCUCUAAGUAGCAUCUGUACAAUGUUACAUAUCGGCUUCAUAAGGCUGUGUCUAGAUAUGCGUAUGCUUAAUGCUUACUUCCAACUUGUCGAGUUUUAGGAGGCAGUUUGGUUUGGCAUCACCAAAUGGAAACGACACCAAAACCCUUAUGUAAUGCUUGUUGCUUCUUCAAGCAAGUGAUUAAGCAAGUUCUGUAGCUAUACUUUUAAUGAAUAACUAAUUGGAGAGAAAAAAAAAUGCCCUGUUGGUGUAAUUUGUUGCUGUUGUUAUGCCUUAAAGGCGUUUCAUUGUGAGACGGGACUUGUGGGAAGGUAAAAUAUGCAAAAAAACUGCCACCAAUGUAUGUAUAAAGCGAAAGCGAAACCUACCUUUGCUCGAUGAGUGCAAAAGGACAGUUCUUUUUGCCUUUGACUGCCGAGGUUGGUGAAACUUUUUCUAGUCAUCAUUUCUUAUCUUCCUGCGCGAUGCAAAGAGCCCCAACAUUUUUCGCUCUUUGCUUGAACCAGUUUUGCAGUCCUCACCGGUUCAAUGCAGUAGACGAAAUGCUUUGGAAAUUUAUGGCUUUGCACCGACGGCAGCUGCUCUGAUAUUUGCAUUGGCAAAUCUUGUUGGUGCUGCAGUUUUCCAGAUUCAUUAUGGACCAUGUCACUGGUACUGGUACCAGUUUGUGGUACCAGGCAUCUGUGUGACAUUAAGAUUCCUUGUCAUUGACCAUACUUCCUUAGUUUGAUUUGUACCCAGGAGUAACCGGUCUGUCUGAAUGUUUGCAGAUCUGUGAUUGGUAGCUCUGUUCAUUAAGAUGCUGAUGUCUCGACUAUUUCUGCACCUGAAAUAGGUAAAUAGUAUCGUGGCUGCUCUAAUCAGCUAUGGUAAAACGUUGCUAGUGUGGCGGCGUAUCGCAUGCUCUUAAAUAGGUAUUUUCUUUUGCACAAAGGUUAAAACAGUCAUUCCUACUGCCUGAUUUUUGCAAGUUGUGUCCAUUUUGAAAAAUCGGUGUUGCUUUUUAGCAGCUUGCUUACUGUAUGACAGAUGACAGGACUGCAUUUGUUUACGUAUAGUUGAUAUCAAAACUUCAUAAAGUGCAGCUCCAGCAAAGUAAAAUGCAAUUUUUAGCACUUAUCCAAUUUUUUUUUUUCAGUCACUUGUACAUUGAAUGGAACAUUAUAUUGGUCAUGUACGCUAGUAUAAAGAAUACUCCAGGCUGAAUUGCCCUGGUUUGUGAAAGUAUUUCAGCUUUUUCUCAGAUUUUACGCACCAUAAGCUUCGAACACCUAUUGUACAGAAGAUUUGAUAUGAGGUGUCAGUCUUGUGCCGAUGUUGACUGAACAUGUGUGAAAAGUGUGUGCCUUCGAACUGUCCAGUACAGAAAAGACUGUUAAUUUUGUGUCGGGCAUGUGCGACGAUCUUUGCUGUGCAUACAGCGGCCCAAGUGAAGAUAGAUCUGCAAAGGUGUGUUUCGAAUGUGUUGUGUUGUUAGGUUUGUACAGAAGAUGUUGAUCAAAUGCCUUUUGUAUACAUAUUACUUGUCCAGUCUGCGGGCUGUCUACUUGUGGGAAACUGGACAUGCCGUUUCUCGCCUUUGUUCUUUUCUUUCAACAUAUCAGCAUCUGCACUGCAGAUGCUCACAGAGUUGUCGGUUGAUAGAAACAAGAAAAAGCUCACAGGUUAUAUCUGGUUACUGUAGCAUCUAUACCUAUACUUUCAAAAGGUUUCUAUACCUGCAAGGGUACGAAGAGGAUUCAAUAUCUGCGGUGAUCAGGUUCUUAAUUCACUGUGUGCUUGCUUACCAUCAGCACACUGGCAUAAUCACUGUAAUGUCAGCUAACGACAGUGGACGGCAAUGGCUGUGAGAUGAUGGGAAAAUGAUAAAUUAUGCAGGCAAUAUCGCACAUUUAAAGAGGGGAGGGGGACACUAUAGAACCAUAAAAUGUGGUUUUAUAGAAGUUCAGCUCAUCAGAUUUCAUAGUGGUAGUAAGUGUAGUAGUGUUCUUUACAGAUAUUUGUGCGUACUAGUUCUAGCAAUAAUGGCAUUUUCAUGAUCCUCACCCACUGCUUUCUUACUUUUUUUUUUGUGGCGACCACUGCUCAUAUAGCUCACAUUGCAUUUGUGAUCGAACUUCAUGAGUAAGUCAGCACUACUUUUCGGAUGUGUUCGCGACUUGACAUUUGCAUUGAAAAACUACGUCUCUCAGUUAUGUAGGCAGAAUUGGUACGCUCGCGUAUGCAGAUAUCGGUAGCUCUGAUGUGCUUGGAAUCUGUGUGUUGCAAAGAUUACAUCAAAUGCACAUAGUUGCCGAAAGAAUCCAGAAAUGUAGUUUUCAAUGCUUUCUGUGAUUUUCAGUAUCAAAUGUUCUUCCUUUUCUCGGUCUCUCUUCUAUAAUCAAGUGAGAAGCAAGAUGCACCCAACUUUGCAUGAAGUAUAGUGCAAAGCUAUAUUCAAGAAGGCAUAGAAAAGUUUCCAUAUCUCUUUUUUUUUUUUUCACAAAGUUCGCUGUACAAGCUGCAUUCUCAUUGACUGCUAGGCUUUCCUGAUUAUCACUUUUGUUUUAAUCACCUCAGUUUUAAUCUAGAACUCACGGUGGCAUUGUUGAACAGUUCAAGACAGAUUGCCAGAAAAACCAAGUGCAGUGUCAUCUUUAGUGCUGCAGUGUAGACUAAUAUAGCUACGCUACCCACUUGAUUGAUUGUGCAGGCUCUCUAUAACCUCCCAAUCACUUUAUCAUCUGAUGAUUCUUCAUUGUGGGGCUUUGAUUUAUUCAUGCAUACAAGCCAACUUCACUGUAGUGCUAAUUCACUUAGCAACAAAUUGUUAUUUGCCAUAUGCAUCACACGAACAGCUUCUGUCAUCCUACAUUCACAUGAAAAUUGAAAAAGAAAACACAUAAGAAUAAAAUUGUAGUUUCAACCAUUG